AUGGGACUUUUAUUUAGAAAGCAAUCGCACUCAGACGUAUUUUAUGAUGCUGCGAGAGUAAAAUUAUAUCGAGCGAGUACCGAGAGCGAGAUGACCGUGUACUAUGACGACGACGGUAAAGAUGUGUGGUUGAAAAUAUCGAAUAUUGAUGAGCCAUCGAAUCUGACGAUUGAAAAUUUAUUGUCAAUCUGUUUCAAGAAACUUGUUGCGACACUUGGCCACGACGAAUCAAAGAUCACCUGUUUUGACAUUAUUUUUAAUGAAAACGAAUUGUUCCGAAUCGAUUCGAUCAAGAUCGCAAAUUUUCAGCUCAAUAAUGUUCUCAAACAAGUCAACAUAAAAUUACCCAAGAAAAGAGCAAUCAAGAGGAAGAAGGCUGAAUCGUCUGUCAGUGACAACGAUCCUGUGGGAAGUCUUGAGUCCGACGAUGAAUUUUUAAGAAAACUGAAAAGGGCAAAGACUAAUACUCAUCUCAACAAAUAUCAUACUCUUAAUGCCUUGGGUAUUCUUUUCAAAAAUCGGAACCUGCAGAAUGAUUUUUACAAGCGCUGUUCUGCUUUCCUGAACAAAAGAUCAGUUAAUAUCCAAAUGACUCUCGCAAAUCUUGAAGAAGACAACCCUUGCGAUUUCUUUUGUCACUUCAUUUCAACAAGACCUGGAGGAUUCGACAAACUGAGCACUCUGAUGAUAUCGACUAUGAUGACAACAGUUCUGGCUGAUAUUGUCAUGAAUUGGCCGGAAAAAUUCCUAGAUCCUAACUAUGCAGCAGACAAUACAUAUGAUGUCAUCACUUUGGUCCGCGGGGUUAAGAAACGGGAAAAUGAUCAAUAUCCCAUCCAUGGAUUCAACGUCAAUAAUUAUUUGCCAGUCGUGCUUUGGGGAUAG